CUGUCAGUUGUCAUGUCAUUUAAUCGGAUAAACAUGUGGAUUGUAGGUAUAAAAAGAUUGUGAAAGAUAACACAGUCUUACUACAAAACACAGUUUGAAAUAUGUGUUCAAAAUAGUACUUACUUCAGGAGCUGGCUACUUAGAUAUACUGUUCAAAAAUGAUCGUGGGAUACGGUGCAGUGACGCAGGCCCUGCUCGGGACCCUUCUGACGUGGGGUCUCACAGCCGCGGGAGCCGCUUGUGUGUUUUUUAUUCGAGGAAAACAUCGAAAGUUACUGGAUGUGUCGCUAGGCUUUGCCGCGGGAGUGAUGACUGCGGCCUCGUACUGGUCCCUACUGGAGCCAGCUAUACAAAUGUGCCAAGAGUCAGGCUAUUAUGGUGAUAAGGGACAAUAUGCAUUCAUCCCUGUGGCUAUGGGCUUCCUUUUUGGAGCCGUUUUUGUGUUUGCAACUGACAGAUUUUUGGAUUACCUGGGAAUCAAUUCAACAAACAUGAUGAUAACUAUAACAAAAAGCAAAGAAUCUAAAUCCAAAGAGAAACUAGAAGACUUAGAAAUGAUGACCGCUCUCAGGCGGCCGUCAAACCCUACAGUGGUGACACUGGAGGCGACUCCCGUGGAGUUCACCGAUUGCAUCUCAAACCAGCACACGGCGCAGAGGCGGCGGGGUCAUCACCAUUCCAUGAACUCAUUGAAAACAGACGGCGGCGAGGGCGACCGUCGCGAUAGCUUACAGCGGACGCUGGAAGCGCGACAGUCGCAGUGGAAGAGGAUAAUGCUGCUCGUGGUGGCUAUCACGGUCCACAACAUUCCCGAGGGGCUGGCGGUUGGCGUCGCGUUUGGUGCUGCCGCCUCUUCCACUAAAGCCUCCUUCCAAAGUGCCAGAAAUUUGGCGCUUGGGAUUGGCAUCCAGAACUUCCCCGAAGGCCUGGCUGUCAGCUUGCCACUGCAGUCGGCGGGCUUUUCAGUAUGGAGAUCGUUUUGGUACGGUCAGCUGUCGGGCAUGGUGGAGCCAGUGUUUGGUGUGCUGGGCGCUGUGGCGGUGGCGGCGGCGCAGCCAGCGCUGCCUUACGCGUUGGCCUUCGCCGCUGGCGCCAUGAUCUAUGUCGUCGCCGAUGACAUCAUCCCCGAGGCUAAUGCGUCUGGCAACGGCAAGUUGGCGACGUGGGGCUGCAUCGUGGGCUUCAUGGUAAUGAUGUGCCUCGACGUGGGUCUGGGGUAGUGCCCACUCGCCCAACCGCCCAAUCGCCGUACGUUCAUCGCUCUACGUCAACCUUAACGUGCACUGCCCCUUGGAUCAAAGGUAUUCUCCCUCUACAGACUCUUGUCGCCAUAGAUAUCGCAAAUUUGUUCCCUAGACAAUAGCAUUCGAGCAGUGGCGUGGACUCCAUAGAAGCAAUAAUGCACUGCCUACAUUGAACGCAUUAGGAACCUAUAUUGUAGACGGAAUGUUCUAUUUUACAGUUUGUACGUAUUAUGCGUACCCUAGUUAAAUACCCUAUGCACGCCACUAUUGGACUAUGGCUAGGUGCUUUUGGAGUUUUUUUGAUGCUGCCGCAUCUGAAUAAGUCGAUAGAGACUAUUCACAUGAUCAUAAAAUAUAAUUAGUCAUUUUGUGUGGUCUAGAGAUUUUUCGAUGUCAAAAAUCUUUAUUAUGGUACGCAUUUCGUUGAUUUAUUCAUAAGCUAAAUGUAAUAAAUCGUAUGGAAUACUAUAAAAACGUUUAAAAAUCUUAAUUGUGCAGGCCACACAUUAUUUAUAUAUUUAUAACAUAAAAUAUAUUAUUUUUACCUUUAUGACUGUGUUAAACUAAUUUCAUAAUAAAAAAAUCUC